CAACAAAAUUGGGAUUCCAUAGAUUUUGAAGAAGCCCUAAUUAAAAAGACUCGGCUAACGCAAGAAAUAAACAGCGGGUGUCACUUAGCUGCUGUGUUCAGUUACAAAUAAAAAGCUAGGGUUUCUCUUCAAUUCCUCAAAUCUCUUCAGGUUUUUUUGUACACAAUGUCUCGUGUGUAUGUCGGUAACUUGGAUCCCCGAGUCACUGAGCGUGAUCUUGAAGAUGAAUUCCGCAGAUUUGGUGUCAUUAGAAGUGUAUGGGUUGCACGAAGGCCGCCGGGCUAUGCAUUUGUUGACUUUGAUGAUAAAAGGGAUGCAGAAGAUGCUAUUCAUGAAUUAGAUAGCAAGAAUGGCUGGAGAGUUGAGCUCUCUCACAAUUCUAGAGGUGGUGGGGGGCGUGGCGGAGACCGUGGCGGCGGUGGUGGUCGUGGUCGCUCUGGUGGUUCUGAUUUGAAGUGCUAUGAGUGUGGGGAACCUGGACAUUUUGCCCGUGAAUGCCGUUCACGUGGUAGUUCUGGAAGGCGACGUAGUCGCAGCCCUAGAUACCGCCGAAGUCCUAGUUAUGGUCGAAGGAGCUACAGUCCUCGUGGUCGAUCCCCCAAGCGUCGCAGUGUUUCACCUCGUGGCCGUAGCCGCAGCAGGUCACCAGCACCAGCAUACCGUGGUCGUGAAGAGGUUCCAUAUGCCAAUGGAAAUGGUGUAAGGGAUCGACACCGUAGCAGAAGCUAGGAAUUGCAGCGCUCAUUUGAUUGGCUUUCUUGGAUGAUACUAAGAUUAAGUGUGUUUAUUAUGUCUGGCCUUCAGUACGACUGUUUUAAGUGGGCAACGCCCUCAGCCUCAUGAACUUGGAUAAGUUUCUUAUACUUAUUACUACUGUGUUGGCUAUUUUUCUAUAAUGCAUGCAGGAUAGUUUAGGACUUCUCCUGGAAAAAGUUUAUGUAGGUAUUUUUUUAAUCACUUUAUUCAGACAUAUAGUCCCUAAGAAUGGUGCUAAAAGUUUAUGCUUUCUUUUGUGUUGAGGUGUCUUCUGGGUCUGCUUCGUUGGUUUUGUGCUUCGACACUUGAGGUUUCAUUAUUGGCUGCUCUGCGUUGGGAUCUUCAAUUUUGAAUGCCCAAUUGGGGUCCCAGCUAACUACAUAUCUGCUUCUGUUUGAUUGAACUCUCCGGCUGUGAUACACCUCACUCUAGUUUAUUUAAUUUAAAGGAUUAAGAGCUGCUUCAAACGCUUCUGGCAGGUACUUAUAUCUGUUCUGCAGAAGUUGUGGGUAUGUGAUUUUUAAACCAUAAGGGAUCUACAAAAAAUAAAACGGUAAAAAGUGUUAUAUAUUAUAAAAAAUAAUAUAAUUUUUUAAAAUUUUAUUGUUUUUCCACUUAUAAACACUUUUGUCAUCUUUUGGGUUUUGUGGGUUAUUGUUAUGCUGGUCUAGUGUACUUCAAACUAGUGAAUAUUGGAGGUGCUGCACUGUAUACAAGUCUUUAGCUGCAGACUUUGCUUCAUUGGCUUUUAAACUUUGGCAAGCCGACAGCGAUUUGCCCUCUGGUAACUUGGCUUUCUGGAUAUAGCUUUGGUUUUGUUUGAUGAUUUGGCUAGUGGAUUCGACCAUCAGAAUUGUGCUGCCAUUUUCUUUUUAAGAUUGUUUUUUCUCAUACACUGGUCUACCAAAGAAGAUUUUGUCAUACCUUUAGUUACGCUUCGCUCCACAAUGCAUCUGCAAGCAUAUGCAUCUUCGGAUGGGAAUGAGCUUCUGUGUCAUUAGUAAACAACUCAUCGAGUCUGGUAUCAUUUAAGUUCUGUAUGUGCCAAUUUGAAUAUAUACUGUUGGAUAGUACAUCGUAUAAAUGUCGAAUUGGAGCAAAUAUAUGUGAGUGUUUUAAUUA